GCAGCGCAGAAUAUCGCCCGGGUGGAAAUGGCUUUGGGGAUCUAUAGUUCCAGUUUGAUAAAUGCAAACGAAAUGUUAUACGCACAUGCGGAUUUGAAAGAAUCAGUCUGGUGAAAAUGUUUUGAACGGUACUAGAAACAUGGCAGCGCAGUGAGCCUGGUUAUAAUCUGAAAAUUACUUUAGCAUGGAGGGCUUCCCAUUCCCUGUAGCUGGAAAGCUGUAUGAAGAAACUUCUAGAAAAGACCAGGGAGCCAGCGGAGAGACCAAAGAGAAACCUUGCCGAGCGUGCUCGGACUUUAAAUCAUGGAUGAAAUUUCAGAAGAAACAGACGUCUUCAGUCACAGCACAGGAGACACAGGUAGCUGAGGAGAAUGAGAAACCUGUGGAGUGUCCCCUGGACAGACAGGAACUGGGGAGGAGUUCUUGGUCUGUUCUCCACACUAUGGCAGCAUAUUACCCUGAUACACCCACCAAAACACAACAAGAAGAGAUGACUCAAUUCAUCAACCUGUUUUCGAAAUUCUUCCCAUGUGAAGAAUGCGCUGAGGACCUAAGAGCCAGAUUGAAAACAAACCAACCAGACACCAGCAGUCGUCACCAUCUCUCACAAUGGCUCUGUCUUCUUCAUAAUGGCAUCAAUGUCCGAUUAGGAAAGCCAGAGUUCGACUGCAGUAAAGUGGAUGAGCGGUGGAGAGAUGGCUGGAAAGACGGCUCUUGUGAUUGACGAGCCCAAAUCAAUUCACAGAGGAAAAUAAAACAGACCUGUAACUUUCCUUGACCUUUCAGCGUUUGGUCGUAAAUAAGUAUGGCUUACUGUGUGUAGCGUAUCCUAUAGAAACAUGUAAUACAUGAUAAAUAAAGUACUGCUCUGUCACCUAG